AUGGCUUUCGGUAGAAAGAACUGGUCUGCGCUUUCCAGGUGGGUGCUGCUUUCUCCCUGAGCCGGAAUCCCCCCGGGUUGGGAAGGAAGGAAGGAAGGAAGGAGGGGUCUUGGACAGCCAGAGAGGAGGAGGAGGAGGGGCAGGGGGCAGGCAGAGUUUCUUUGGGAUCCUGCCAGGGAGAGGGCAGCGGGGAAAUCCUCUGGACUGUAAGGGAAGAGAGCAAAACUUGCGCAUGGAUGUCCUUAGAGGCGGAUGGUCCCUUGGCGCAGGUUAGAAUUAGUUGAUUAGUAGCCCCUUUAAUAGACAAACGGAGCUUCACAUUUUCUCUUCGCCGGAGGCCAGUGUGGGGUGGAAACUUAUGCUUCUUGAGGCGGACUCGCAUCUCUGCCCGAGCGCACAGGGCUGGGUGGUUUCGCUACAGGCGAUUGCUGGAUUGGCCACGGAUUGUGGGAACUGACUCCACGGCGAAGCUGGGUUAGGGUGGAAGCGGGGUUGCACAUUCGGAUUUGGUUAAUCGCUUAGAAUCCAACCAUUAGGUGAAGGGAUUUUAAACAUGUUGGUUGACUAAAAAGAUGUUCCCUGCAAGAUUAUGAUGAUGAUGACUAUUAUUAUUAUUAUUAUUAUUCUCCAGAUAGCGAGUAGCAUUUUAACCAAAUGUUCUCUCCUGUGCGUGAGAAAGUGAGGUUACCCUUUCUAGGUUGAUGCCUGCUGAGAAAGACAGAAUAGCUCAGCUGGUUAGAGCAUGGUGCUGAUAAUGCCAAGGUUGCAGGUUUGAUCCUGAUAAGGGAUACCUGCAUAUUGGGUUGGAUACCUGCAUAUCCUCAGGGUCCCUUCCAACUCUACAGUUCUAUGAUUCUAUGAAAGUGUGCCUUUCUCCCUUUAGAACUUUUCACCACCCUUCCAUCACAUGCUAGUAUAGAGAUUUAAAUGGUUGAUUGCCUAAAACUCAUGCAAUGAAUGGACUAAUGUUACAUUGUUUGGGUGAGUGUGCCAGUUUGAAAUGAGGAGAGUAUGAAAGCUGUAUCUGUGGUGUUAUAUCUCUGAACUUGAUGUUGCAGCUAUCAGUAGCGAGCAUGCAUAUGUCACCCCAGUCCUCAGUGGUGGCUUGAAUGUGUUAAUUGACUCCACUAAAAAACCACAAUUGUAUUGAUUUGAUGCGCUAUAGUGGUUCUGUCUAAUAGCUGGGAUAGUUCAUUCACACAUUCACCCCAUGACUUCAUAUUAGAGUGGUCAAGUGAUAAUCAUAGUUGUGUGAACCAGAACCAGAUUUUAUGUAGAGCUGCACAGCCAUUCCAAGCCAUGACACAUUAUUCAGGGUCACAAUUCAACUUUCAUCACAAGUUGGCCAAAGGAAGCAGGAUGCAACCCAACCGGUAUGUCCAAGCAUUACUUGCAAUGCAGAGGAUGAACCUCUUAGAUUUAUUGAUGCUGUUCUUUGGGGUGGCAAAAUAAUAUGGGCCAGCUCCACUCUUUCUCCCAUUUUACAGCUGAGACUAUGGGAUAGCAACCUGCCCAGGGCCACUUAAGGCAGGACCACAAGGGAAUUUCUUCCUGUCUCUUGUCUUCAGCGUUUAACUGCCAAGCUGGAAGUUUGAGUGAAGACCCUCCCCUCCCCUGCUCUACUCCAAUAAAAUAUAAUGUGGCAUCAUGGGCAGUCCUUUGGCAAACAUCACAUUGUGGAUCAUUCAGGCAACACAUCACAUUUGAGCUGAGCUUUUGCCUUUUCUCUGUGGUGAUGAUCAAACGAGCAGAUCUAGUUCCCAAGGAAAGUACCUUGCAGCACACGCCUAGUGAGCCAAUAAUCAAAGUAAGAUUUGAUUCCUGGGCUAAGUCCAGCAAUUGGCUUCGUUGGCUUUUGCACUGGGGCAGAGGAACUCCCAAGAACCACCCUCAGAGAAAAGUACAACCAAACCAAACAAACAAAGCUGUUUUUGAAAGCUGCAGGCCCAUUGAUUGCAAGUUUUUAAGUUAGUUGGCAACCUGAUCUAACUGGUCAAUUGAUCAUAAUAGUUCAGUGGCAGCUGGAGAUUAUUUGGGGAAGGUUAAUGAUUUCCCCCAACUGAAUACUACAAGGGGGAGAAAUUUGCUUCAGUUUGUAAUUAAAAACGAGCUUACCUAAUUUUCGCUUUCCAAAACAAUGUGUGAACUGAACAUAGUGAUCUUUCAAAAUUCACACAUCUCUGAAUUUUGCAAUGUAGUUUUCUGGCCAAGUAAUAUGUACAAAAAUUAGUAGGGUAAAGUAUGUAUAAAAGUGCAAAUAUUCUUGAAAGUGUAAAAAAAAUGCUUUAUUUUAGGUAAAGUUGCUUUGCAAAAGUGAGUUUAUUAGGCAAAACUGCAUACAAAAAUGUGUAUAUCAGGAGAAAUUCACACUAAGAUGCUGUUGAGUUUUCAUGAGGACUUCACAAACUGAUGUGGAAAUUGGAGAACUGUGUGUAAAGUUGGGAAAAUGAGAAAUGAAAAGAAACUGAAAUUGACAGAUUCAUCCAUUCCCAACUACAAGGCUUCCUGCACUCUUUGGAAAAUCAUUUUGCUAUCACACACACAUUUGGCUCCAUCUCUGAACUGGCUUUUUGUCUUGGAAGGGCUUUGCCCCAAAAGAUGGCACAGAAAUAUUACAAAUACAUAUAGACAGGCAAACUGAUAUGGGCUAGAGUUGGGCCAUGAUUAGACCAUGGUCCCGUUUUGAACCUCCAGCCUUUCUUUUGGGGACUGCCACAAGAGCCCUCUGAAUCGGACCAAAGGUCCAACUUGUCCAAGUCUAGCUAAUGUGGUGCCAUCCAAAGGUUGCUGGACUCCAGCUCCCAUCAGUCCCAGUCAACCAGCAUGGUCAGGAAUGAAGGGAGCUGUAGUCCAAUGGUCACCAGAGCAUGAGACUAUUAAUCUCAUGAUCACAAGUUUGAGACCCAUGUUGGGCAGGAGAUUCCUACAUUGCAGGGGGGUUGGACUAGAUGACGCUCCUGGUCCCUUCCAACUCUGCAAUUAUAUGAUAUGAUAUACUAUAACAUCUGGAAAGCACCAUGUUGGCUAUCUCUGAUCUGGUCUAACAUCCUUUUCCCCAGAACAUCAAGCCAGAUGCCUCUAAGAUGCCUCCAAACCGAGCAUUAAGGCAAUAGCCCUCCCCUGUUGUUGCUACCAACUUGCUGGUGCUUCAGGUUCACAUAUACUGCAAGACAAGAAAAUUUCAGAGUCUUCCACCUGCUGUAUAAUAUUUUUUUGGCACUUGACAAUGAUUGCUCAUCCCAGAUACAAAUUGUCCAUGACAAUGUCAGCGGAACUGAACGCCCUGGUCUAAACGGAACACCUAUGGUUAAGAUCUAAUUAAAAAUCCAUGUUUUUAAAUUGGUAGUUAAGGAAGUCAUUGUUAUUCUCCCAAUAAUUAGAGUGAUUAAUGUUUCCCAGCCCUAUUGAGCAUGCAUUCAUUGGUGUGUCAUGAAAAUGGAUGAUGCUGUCAUAGCCGCAUGGAUCACGGAUCUCCCCAAGCAGUUUGCAUGGUGUAUUUUCCCCUCUUCCUGUGUUAUAAUCCUCAUUCCAGAAGUGCUGCAGGUAGGGAAGGAAACUUAAGGAAGGAUGUGAAAACAACCACGUGAUAUAUUUGGUGUGGGAUCUUAUGUACGAUACCAGAUUAUGAAUACAGUAGAACCUGUUUUGCUCUGAUAUCUUAGGAAUAUGGCAUUUGCACCUCACAGAGAUGUGUCUAUAUAUACUGGUGGUGGAGAGAAAGCCUAGAGAUAUGAAGUCCUGGAGGACAUUGUACCUGCUACAGAGUUAUCCUCAUCUUGGAGGUCUGAGUGUAUUGUAGCAACUACUUGAUAAUCACGUGACUCCGGCAGAUCCCUGAGGCUGGCACUGAUGUGCAACCCUUAGCUCUGGUUUCUAGCAUGGAGCCAGGGUGCUUCUGAAUGGUAGGGAGAAAUUUUUAGGAUACAGUAGCCUUGGUGAGAAAGAGGUAGCCUGCAGUUGUUCACACAUUUGGCUUUUUAUAAAAAGGGUGGGAAGAGGUCAAGUGUAAAUUGAUGUGUGUUGGCACAAACUGUACAUAAGAUUCCCAAAUAGCCAAAUUUACAUGGUCUCCAUAGACCAGGCAUAGGCAAUCUCGGCCCUCCAGAUGUUUUGGGACUACAACUCCCAUCAUCCCUGACCACUGGUCCUGUUAACUAGGGAUGAUGGGAGUUGUAGUCCCAAAACAUCUGGAGGGCCAAGUUUGCCUAUGCCUGCCAUAGACCCACCAGAAAGUAAUGAGCUGGCCAUUCCUCAGUGACUACAAAGGAGGCGGGAUUCCCAUUUGGUGGAUGUUUCACUUAAGACAGAAAUGUUGGAGCAAAUGCAUAACUUGUGAACAGGAUAUUUCCUCUGAAUCUGAAGCUUUGAUACUUGUGUUUGUGACUUUUCCUCUCACAGGCAUGUGGUUUAUGAGCAUCAAAGAAUACAGCUGCAUCCCAAAAGUUCAUUUCCUCUAACUGAGAAAUUGGUUUUGUAUGGAUUAUAUAAUUGAAAUUGUGUAGCUCUUACGUGUGCAAAAUUCAACCAUUUGAAAAUCUCUAGUUUAGUUCAGUCUUGUCCUGCCUGGAGCCUGGACAUGUUUCUGGAUUCCAAGUCCCAUCAGCCCUAGCCAGCAUGACUAAUCAUCAGGGCUGAUGAGAGUUGUAGUCGGUUAGAGUUACCGUAAUUUUCGCUCUAUAGGAUGCACCGGACCAUAGGACGCACUGGGCCAUAGGACGCACCUUGUUUUAGAGGGAGAGAACAAGAAAAAAAAUUAUCCCCCUCUCUGCUCAGCGCCCCUUCAGCGAAGCAGCAGGAGAAACGGAGCCCCUUCCAUUUCUCCUCCCACUUGGCUGAAGGGGCCCUGCGCAGCUCUCCCUCUCUGCUGAAGCCAGGAGAGUCUUGCUCUCCUGGCUUCAGUGAAAGGAACCUGAAGCCUGUGGAGCGCAGCGGGAAUUUAAUAAGAACUGGCAGAAUACACCUGAAGUUUCUAGUUCUGUUCAGUGGCAAGGAUUUGGGCACCUUGUCACUGAAGUGGAUGGACUUGCAGUGUUUAAUUUUGACUGAAUUCUGCCCAGUGAUAUUAAAAUAUAUUCAAAAUUCCCCCCUUUAAGUCUUUGUGCACACUAAGUUUACAGGUGAUAAUCACAGGUCUUGAGCAUACCUAUGCAUGAUGAAGUGAGUUGGAGGGAGGUCCAGUGAUGAUUUCUCCCUAAUUCUAGUCUGAUGGAAGUGAGAGCAUUUGUCAUGUCCUUGCUAUUCAUCCAUCACAUCUCUGAUUAUGGCACAAUACAACAACCUAAAUUAAGAGUCGGGAUUCAUGUGACAAUCUUAAGGAUGUUAUCUGCUCAUCUGUCUGCCCCAAAAUUCUAGCUUCCCCAGAGUUCCACACCUUCUUGUUUCUUGUUGCUGGUGAGAUGCCAAGGAGUGAUGUAACGUCAAGCCUGGCGGAAUUUCAAUUAAGUGAUGACCUAGACUACCCCCAUCUUUUGGGAGUUUCACAUGUAAUCACAACGUUUGUAUUAUCUACACAUAGGGCAGGGCAACCUGAUGGGUGGGAUGAGUUAGAACCCCGUGUAUAUUGCCCAAGUGAGUAGACUAGAUGCUAACAACGACAUGAGCUGAGGAUGGGAUAGAAAUAACACAGAAAGAGAAGCAGUGUGUUGGACUAAGACCUGGGAGGCCGGGGUCCUCGUCCCCAUUCAGCCAUGAAGCUCACAGGUGACCUUGGGCCAGUCACUGCCUCUCAGCCUAACCUACCUCACAGGGUUGUUGUUAAGAUAUCUGGGGAGAGGGGAGAACCAUGUAUGCCCCCUUGAGCUCCUUGGAGGAAAGGUGGGAUAUAAAUGUAUUAAAUAAAUCAUAGAAUUAUAGAGUUGUAAGGGACCCUGAGGGCCAUCCUAGUCCAACUCCCUGCAAUGCAGGAAUAGAAAUAAAUUUUCCUGUGCAGUGAUCAAAAUUAUUUGUGUUGUUUAAGUGUUAGUUUUGUUUUGAAUAAUGCAAACAUAACAAGGGCAAAGGGGGUAGGUACGAGGAGAACAGGUUAUAGCUCACAAAGAAAAAAUGGAGAAGGGGAAUUUAAGUGCUGUCAAGAUGAUGAGUGUUUAAGGAGGGCAGCUACAUGUGUAUGCAACUCUUUUGGCGUGUGCUGUUCAGAUGUCAAAUAAGUGUCUAUGUAAUGAUCCUGGCUGAACUCCUAUAAAAUGAAAACCGGGGAUUCCAGAAGAUUGCGUGACCUCAAACUUGAACUGACAAAAGAAAAAUGACAAAAUUGGCAAUGAUGGAACCUGAGCACAAAAGUAGCUUCAGUGGGACAUGCGCAGUAAUCGCAACAAGAGCAACUUGAAAGACAGGGAGUUUGAGGGAAGACAGGAGAAAUCUCAAAUCCUGCUGCUGUGGUAUAUAAAGGACACCUUGGGCACUAGGUGGUCUGUAUGUAACCGGGUGGGGGGAGGCGGGAGCAGUGUCUUCUCAGCUUCCUUCCUUUUAUAUUUGUGAUAAAGGAAAGGAAGAGCCGUGCAUUGUCUGGCUUCAAAACAGGAAGGAGAAAAGAUACUUUGGAAGACUAAGUCUUGUUCCUGGAGUGGUUAAUAUGUGCCUGAUUUCCUGUUGCAUCUUGCUUUCUUUUGGUAUCUUGUUUUGACAAUUGCUGCAAACACAUUUUCUACAGGAAAGCCUCUUCAGCUCUUGGUAAUGCAUUCCAAUUGCUCAAACUCACACAGCCAAUUAUGAGUUUCCUGUCCAGCAUUGGUUACAUCUUCUGAUUUAUUAACAAACACAUCUGUGAACCAGUCAAAUGCUUAAUAUAAAUCUAGGGGUUUCCCAUGUCCCUUAACACAUAUUUUCCUGCUCAAUAUAAUGCAGAGUUUUAAUUUAUGUUUUUGAAAGGUAAAACAUUUUUAGACAUUCCUUGAAUUCUGUCAUGCAGGAAAUAGGUAUGGUGUCUGCCCCAUUCCAAAAUGUGCCUGUUCAUCUGAAGGUCUGAGAAGAACCUCUAUACAUGUGUCAGCUGUACUAUUGCAGAGUUCUGACUGAGCUGAGAUUGUACACAUGUAUGAUUUAUAUGUGUUAUAUACUAAGCUUGGAUCCUAGAACAAGAGGCAGGUGGGAUCCUAGAAUGCAACAACUGAUUGGCUUGCAGGAGAAGGCCAAUCAGGCUCCAGGAGGAAGUUAAUCAGCCUAUUAGGCUGGUAGGAUCGUAGAAUGCAACAACUCAUUGGCCUGCAGGAAAAGACCAAUCAGGCUCCAGCAGGGAAGCAGAAUCAGCCAAUCAGAUGGGACUCAUUGUGCAAAUAAUGUAUAUAAAGGCCUGAGGUUUGGGGGGAAAUUCAAUCACUGUUUUACAAGCUGCGAUAAAGAGCAUGAAAUAACUGCAGGACUCCAAGUAUAUUUUGAUAUGUGAGUGGGUUUCGUUCAGAUAUUGGCAGGAGCUUGUGCUGAGAGUCAGUGAUGUGGUUGGUUAGGUGAUUUGAGACUAGGGGUAGCCAAUGUAGUGCUCUCCACAUAUUUGUUGGACUCCCAUCAACCCAAGCCAGUAUGCACAAUGGCAAGGAAUUAUGGGAGUUGUAGUCCAGCAGCAACUGGAAUACUUCAUAUUGGUUAUCCCUAUUCUAGGCUCUGGAAUGAAAGGUUUUACAGGGUCCCUUCUCUUUAGAUGGUAAUGUCUACUACUUCACCUAUUUUAAAAUGUGGUGAAGCCCUUCCCUACCCCAUCCACACCACUGCCACUGUCAUUCCUGCUGAGUGGGGCCAAGGAUUUCUCCCCCAAAGUCCUACCUAAGUGAGAGUUAGUGUCAUGAAGUAGGGAACUGAAUUUGAUUUAAGAUUCUACUCUUGCCAGACUGUCACUCUACCUUGGCCAAGUCACGUGUCUCAAGCUGUAGUUCCCCUUGGGACAAAAAUGGGAAUUCUAGGAGGAAGGAUUCAGCUAAUGAGCCCUACAAGUGGAAGUACUAGCACCAUGGGGCUUUCUCCCAUUUCAUUCAAUGCCCCUUUAGUGCUAUGUUGCAUUCCUUCCAAUGGCUGUCAGGUGGAAUUCAAUGUAGCAUCAGGUAGGAUGUGCAUGACCAGAAUGAGGUCACCCAUAUAACGGACUCCCCCCUGCAUUUCUUCUCCAUCCCUAAACAUGUUCUGGGUUUCCUCUAACCCUGCAGAGCAGAUUUAGGGUGCCCAGAGGGACCCAAGGUGAGAAGUUUCAAUUGCAUGAGUCAAGGCUCAUUCAACAACUUAGCUGAAAGUGGUCUAUUGUCUCUAGAUUGUUGCCUGAGCGAGCACAAUAAAGAUAGCAAAGGGAAUUUGCUAUUUUGAAGUGUUUUAUGAUAAGUGGCAAUAUUUCAAUCUUUUAUUUUUUUAAUAUUAUAUUAAUUGUAUAUCACUUUUCAGUAUACAAAGUCAUUUUCUUCACUUUUAAAAAUAUGAAAUUAAAUAAGAGCCUUCAUUGAUAUAACUAUCCAUUUAUAUAUCUGACCAAUAACUUUCUUAGGUAGCUAAGGCUAGGAAAUUGUGGCUUAGAGUUCCCAUCCCCCCAUUAGAUUUAGAUGCACUAUCACUGAAUACACACUGCAAAGAGAACCAGGUUAUUCAGGCCUAGUUAUCUAGGUUAUCCAGACCAACCAUUUUUUGUUUUUAUAGUUUAGUCAAUCACUGUGAUAUAGUAUAUCUUGAUUUCAGCAAAGCAUUUGGCAAGGACUACCAUGGUAUCCUUGUUGAUGUGAUAGUGAAAUGUGGACUGGGCAAUACUUCUGUUAGAGGUUCCUAUUAUUAAGCUCAUCUGCCUCAAGAGUUCCAAAAUCUGCUGGCUGGGACUAGCGGUGUAGCUAGCCGCUCGGGUGCCUGGUGUGGCAGGUGCGUCCACUGGCUGGGACUGUUGCUCUAGAGAGAAGCCUAGAAGCAAUGGGUGAAAAUUGCAAGGAUACAGCUUUUGGCAAAAUGUUAGGAAAAACUUUGGAAGAGGUGAGAUUGGCAAAAUGCCAUCAUUGUGGCAGCUCUUCCCAAGUGGAGCUCCCUUCCUUGCAUUUGCUUUUAAUCUGUUUCUCCCCCACUUCUGCCCCAAAUGUUCCAUCACUAUCCAUUGCAUCUUCACAGCAGCACUUCUGCAGAACUGUAGGCUGGGAAUUAAGGAUGAGAGGUGAAUAUUUGCCUGAGGCCACAAGUGAGACCAAGGCUUAAUAAGUCUUUGAUCUUUGGACCACACAGGAUUAUGAUAUAUUAACUCAUAAUGAUGUAACUGUUUGUUUACGAUAUUACAGAUUCCCCAUAUGCAGUUGGUAAAUUUGCCUUGGCAGCAAUAUGGGCUAGACAUUCUCAUAGUUUCAUUCCAAUACUUCUUUUCCUUGGUAAACAAAUACCUGUACGAUUUGUAAUAAUAUCGGGAGAGCUGUGAAUCGUUCUCUUAGUGAGCAAUUGACUUGAAUAUUAAGGCAGCAAGAUCAGAAUCUGCUAGGAACCUGUCCUGCACAAACCUCAUUGAAAUGAAUUAUUAUUGGCGGAUUGGGACUGAAGUUGCAAAGACUUGUGCAUUGCUGAGGUCAUGAUCAGAUAUACAGAUAUAAACCUCUGGAGAGUGAAUAUGCUGCAAAAACACUUGUGGAGUGGUUUUGCAAUGUUUUUAAAAUCAUUAGCAAGGAUUUCCUAAGCACCAGGCAGUUGUGCAAAGAGAAAUAGGAAAACCUCUGCUGGAUUUGAUAAAAAGUGAGGUUUUAUGGAACAUUUUCACUUUCCCAAAGUGCGCCUGUGGUGAACAUGAAACAAAAUUGCUCUUUGGCAGUUGAGUUUGGACAUGUGAGGGCAAAAGUAUGCAAAAGGACAGGAGUACAUGGAUCAGCUCUGCUCCCAACCUCACUGGGCAUCUCUCCCCCACCCCCAAUCACUGACCUUAGUGUGUUUAGCACCAAGUUUUGAACAGUUUUCUUGCUGUUGUUACCUGAUGAACCUGACAAGUCUCCUAAUGAGCCCAGAUAAGCUAAAUUUCCUGAUGGCGAGGAAGCUUGCAAGCUCUUUCAGGGAAACAUGCUUGCAAACCACCUUCUCUCUCUCUCUCUUUUGAAGGUGAAACGUUUAUUCAUUUUAAAAAAACAACAACAACCCUUGGUUGCCAUGUUGUAGGGAGGGUGCGAGGUGGGUGCCCAGUCCGCAGUGACUGAAAGCCAGUGCAGGUAUCAUAGUGUGUACAGUUUUUGUUAUUUCAGCCAUUAUACCUUGUGGAGAAGAGAAGUCUGCUGCUGCCCUCUGUGAUGUGCAGCUCUAGGUGACUGUUGGUGGUGGCCCAGAAGCAGCCUGCCUGGACUGACUUUGCAGCCCUCCAAGCCAGUCUGGCCUUGUCCGAGCUGUGCCAUGUUGCCUUGCCAGGCAGAGUGGCUGGGCAGAAAAGCAUACUUGUAGAAGAGGACACAAAAAUAUGCAUGCUGAUUUGCAAGUGUGGAUGGGAACAUAGAAACAAUGGCUUACAAACUAUGAAAUAGAUCUCAUCCUAGUGGAGAAGACACCUCAUCCGUCUUGUCAUGGCAAAAGAAAAAAGCUAAUAAUAAUAAUAAUAAUAAUAAUAAUAAUAUUUAUUGCAAACUACCUUCUGACCUUAUGAAGUUUGAGAGUGGAGGGGGCAUGUCAAUAAAGCUGAGGGUGUGGCGGAUGCAUGCACUCCAUCUCUCUACACACCUUUGCCUUCACAUCUCCGGGCUAAACACCUGAAUUUGGCUUCAUUUUCAUUGCAAAAGAACAACGUUUUCCCAUGUUGUCAUUCUUGUGGAUGGGGCUCAGAAGCCUUUGAUGGAGGAUGCUGAUGAACCGCAUUGUUAUAGUGGAAUGUGUCUGCCAGCCAACUUUCAGGCUUGCCUAUGGCAGAACUGCAGCAGAGCAGACUGCAGACAAAAACCCUCCUCUGGCUGGGUUCCCCCAUGGUCCCAACAGGAAUGCUUCAGUGCAGGAUGAUCGAUCCUGCUCCACGUGAGCAGAAGCUGUUGCUGGACUGUCAGUGUAUGGAAUGGAUGUAGUACUAAUGCGCUAUCUGUUUCAGCAUGUAUUCCUCAUUCAGAAUCGAUGCAGGUGUUGGUAACAUAAAACAUUUACUGCAUACAGCGAUCUGGCAAAGCUUUCAUACAUGGGCCUAUGGCAGGAUUUCUGACUGAGUGCUGGACUGUCCUUAAGGCAGGUGCCUCCAGAAAGUAUGGUCUAUGACUCUCCUAAGGCCACCCCAGCAUGACCAGGGAUGAUGUUAGAAGCAGUCCAGCAACACUUAGCUUAAAGGAACAGUACAGUUGUACCUUGGUUGUCGAACGGCUUAGUUGCUGAACAUUUUGGCUCCCAAACGUCGAAAACCCGGAAGUGAGUGUUCCUGUUUUCGAAUGUUUUUUGGAAGCCGAACAUCUGAUGUGGCUCUACAGCUUCUGAUUGAGUGCGGGAAGCUCCUGCAGCCAGUUGGAAGCUGCGCCUUGGUUUUUGAACGCUUCCGGGAAUCGAAGGGACUCCCAGAAUGGAUGAAGUUUGACAACUAAGGUACGACUGCACACAGUUAAUUCACUUCUUCCUCCUCCUCUUCUUAUUCUUCCUUAAAAAAAGAGAGAGAAAAACCUCAGAUUGUAGAAGAGGGUGGGGCUCUCAUGUUAUGAUCUAAGAACAACAGAAGGGAAGGGUCUAUGAGUCAUGAAUGGAACAGAAGUUGAUGUGUACUCCAAGCAGAUUGCUGCCAUUUCUGGUUUCAUUACUGGCUGCAGGCAGGCAGCUUGCUGCUCCAAAAGGAUUUUAAAAAUUCAGUGCAAAGGUAUAAACACACUUCUUUUUCUUUCCUCUUUGUCCCCUCCCCCCUCCCCCCGCUUAUUCCCCACUUCCCCAUUUGCAUGGCCCUCUCACAAGAGUGGAAAACAACACAGCGUAACUUUUUAUUGAAAGUAAAAAAAAUGCAGUGGAAUCCAUGGCGCAAUAAUGAUUAACCAGCAUCCUGUGAUAGCAGGAGUGGCAGCUUUCUUGAAUGCCAGGGGGCUGGGCACGCCAGUGCCACAGUCGAUAGCUGGAGCCUUUUCAGUCGCAGGAGUUUCAGCAAUGCCCACCAAAACAAGUUGAAAUCUUGGGGGCUUCCGCACAGAGAUCUGUGCUCAUGAAAGCCUGUACACAACCUGUUCUGAUGCAUCUGCCUCUCCACAGCUGUCUGGAGAACAGAGCUGUGCCCAGGAGAUGUGGAACUCUGGAGAUAUAAUGUAGACAUGAGAAAUCUAGUGCCACAUCUUUCACAGUUUCCCUGGAACUGGUUUCCCACCCCCACCCAGUUGUGUGCUAAGGCACAAAGAAGGAGAGCAAGAAAUGUUCACUGAUGCACCCCCCCCGCCCCCUGAUCUGUGCCCACAUCCCAGCAGGAUGGAAGGAGACCAGCAGCAACACAGCAGCUCUGUAGGAACACCCCAUUUUUGCAGAGAGUCUUGGUGAAAAGGGGGCAUUCUGUUGACAAGGCUGGAUUAGGAUCUCCUGCCCCUUGGAGCAUGCUGCCCAAGGUGGGUUGCCUCAGGUUGCCUCACUGCUAGGGCAGCAAGCUAUUUUAGGGAAUGCAGGGCAGACCACUUGGCACACCUUUCUUUUUUCUUUUUUCCAGACAAAAUAAAAUUUUAUUAGACAAAAAUAAAUACAAUGAAGAAGGUUCUGCCAAAUGUUGAUAAACUCCUAGUUCCAAUAUGAGACUCUCUAAAAAUGAUGAGCAGGAGGAUGACAUGUUUGUUUAAUUGAUUUGGAGAAGAAAGCAGGGUAGGAUUUCUCCAGCUAAUCAUUGUCAUGUAUUGUUACACUAAUAGAUAAAAACACUUCUCUGAAAAUAACUUUUCUAUUGAUUCCCCCCCCCCCCAGUUUUGAUUAUUUAUUUAUUUGAGUUCAGGAUUUUUACAUACCUUAUAUUAUCUUCUUCCAAUUUUUAAAUUUCCCAUACAAUUUUUUCCUUUCCCUCCCCCCCCUUGUCACACCUUUCUAGCCCCUUUCCAUUCCUCAGAAUUUGCCGUCUGAGGCAGCUGCCUCCCUCUGCCUCAUAGUAGGUCUGGGUCCUGUCUCCAUGUAACCACACCAUCUCAGAAUACAUAUAAAGUAUGUGGUACAGCAAAGACAACCAUGUUUCAUGUGUGUUUGUGUGUGUCAUGUGAAAUUUUUAAAACCAAUCUUGAGUAAGAAAAGAGAGGUUUAUAUAUAUAAUUAUUGUCCUUAGCUACAUAUAUUUAAUAUAUACUGUAUUUAAAACUGCAUUUAAGGGUAAAAGGCCAUCUCAAAAAAAUAAAACAAUUAGAAGACAUUGAGCACAACUAAUUAAAACAGCAGCAUUAAAAAGGUUCAGAAAAUACAAUUAAAAAUUCAGUAACAGGUACAUUUAUUUACCGUAUUUUUCGCUCUAUAAGACGCACCAGACCACAAGACGCACCUAUUUUGGGAGGAGGAAAACAAGAAAAAAAAAAUUCUGAAUCUCAGAAGCCAGAACAGCAAGAGGGAUUGCUGCGCAAUGAAAGCAGCAAUCCCUCUUGCUGUUCUGGCUUCUGGGAUAGCUGCGCAGCCUGCAUUCGCUCCAUAAGACGCACACACAUUUCCCCUUACUUUUUAGGAGGGAAAAAGUGAGUCUUAUAGAGCAAAAAAUACGGUAAUUAUUAUUAUUUAUUAAAUUUGUAUCCCACCCUCUCAGGGCAGUUCACAGGAUAGUUAAAUGUAGAUUGGAGAAUCCAGGCCUUUAGGCCUGAUAAGGGAGGGAGCUAAAUACACUUCUAGGGCUAGAGUCACCCCAGAAAGGUCCCUGUAUCUCAUGCACAACAAACUGAUGGAACUUUUUGGCAGAUCCUUAAUUCAGGCCUCUAUUGCCAGUCUUGGCAGGUCCAUAAAGGUGUAAAGUGGCUUUUCCAAUAACCUGGUUCUGUACCAUUUAAGGCUUCCAAUGCAACAACCAGCAGUUUAAACUGGGCCCAGAGAUGCACUGUGCAAAUGGAUCAGGAUGAAUGUGCAAUGAAAAGCUUGUCUGAAAGAGACCUAGAAGACAGUUCUGCAAAGGCAGAAUAAAAGCAAAAUCCUCUGAAGUCAGAAAAAUAACAAAGUCACUGUCAGAGUGCCAUUGGUCAAAUGCUGCACUACAAAACUUAGUCUUAAGAGAAGGCUUAGGAUGAGCCAGGUGGUCCUCUCCAAGGAGGACAUUGUAGAACUGUGAUGCCAUAGCCAAGAAAGCUCUUCCUUGUACGCACAGCUACAGUAGCUCUGGAGACUAUGUGCAUUAUCCAUCUAGCUCAUUCCAUCAGUGCAAGGAUUUCUGAAUCAGCAGCAGCUGAAUAAUGCUUGUUUCUCUCUCCUCCCUCCUUUCCCUUCCAGCCUGGCCCAACAAUGGAGUACUGAGGAUGAGGAAGAGCAGGAGAGGGAGCGCAGGCGGAGGCACAGGCAGCUGAGCUCCACCACCGAAGUGAAGGAGGAGACCCCCAACACAGUGCAGAAUGUGACCAGCCGAACACCAAAUAGGUAUAUGUUUGCUGGGAAGGGAAAAACAGAACUCUCAAGGCUCUGGAGCUUGUUGCUUGGUACUGCAAGGGACAAGGUGUGAACAGAAAGUCUGGUGAAUGGUCACAGAAACCAGCCAGCGAGAAAUAUUCGAACAUACAUGCCUUACAGGCCUUCAAAGUAGGUCCCCUUUGAUAAAAUGCACCAUUGACAACGUUCAUAGAACUGUUGGAAACUUCUGGAGAAGUCCUCUUUUCAUACUGCUCUCAGUUCCCCCGUCACAGCAGCUUGGAUGCGUGAAAUGUCGGGAAAUCUGUGCCCUUUCAGUGCGGAUUUCAGUUUUGGAAAAAGAAAGAAAUCCAGUGGGGCCAGAUCGGCAGACUAUGGAGGGUGGGACAACUCAGUAACCUCAGUAAUGAUUUCACACGGAAUAUGCAAUUCUUUUGUCAUCUUUCGGACGGACAAACGCCAAUCCCGCAUCAAUAACUCAAUAACUCUGUUGACAUUUGCCGCUGUUCUGCUCUUCAACAGUCUGCCAGACUGAGGGUUGUCUUCAAUGGUUUGCCGCCCUUCACGGAAAUGCUUAAACCACUGUCUUUCGAGAUACAGCUUCAUCUCCAUACACAACUGUGAGCAUUUUGUAGCUUUCCAAUGCCGAUUAUGUGUUCGAAUAUUUCUCGCUGUCCGAUUUCUGUGACCAUUCACCGAACUUUCAGGUCACACCUUGUAUAUGACUCUGCAUGGUUAUGCAGAGGUUGAAACAACUUCUGACUGUGGGGCCUGAACCAAAUUCCACUGAUUUCCAAGUUUGGUGAAAUCUUUUGGUUUGCUUUAGUUUGGGUUUGGGGAAGGCGAGGAAGAACAGGAUCAGGGAAGUCUUGUGGGCGCCAUUGGGCACCCAUGUCAGCUCCUGUGCUCUAAAGGGAACUUUUGAGAGCUUCCUUUCUCUUUCUUCAUUGUAGGUUCCGGGGCUCCUUGGAAGUAAAGCCCUCCAGGCAGGAGAACUCAAAGCCGGCAAAGGAGAGGACACUGGAAGAGGUAAUAAAUAAGCCAGAUGACAGAGUAAGGAGGAGAGUGGAGAUGUUCAAUAAUGUGAAACAGGAGAAAAAGGAGACAGUGCCUGCCAGGAAAUGGAAAGAGGAAGCUGCUGAAAAGAAAGCUAAGUCUUUUUCAGAACCACCCCAGGAGAAGAAGGAACCCACGGUGGAAAAAUGUGAAAGCCUGGCUCAGCAAAAGGAGCCUGACAAAGAAAACCAUCAAAACCUGAGUGAGGAAAAGAAGGUGAGAAGCUCAGAGAAACAGGAAAACUUAGAUCAGGACCCCAAGAAGGACCUCAAAGUUGAUGAGGAUUCAGUCUUCAGUGAGGAGCAGAAGGCACUGAAGGAGCACAAGUCUCAGCAACCGGCCGCAGUCCAGAAUGUGGUGGCCACACAGCAGCCUCUGCGAGCUUCUUGGGAGCGUAGGAGCAUCAGCCGGCUUGAGGUGAAGAUUAACCCCAGGGUCAGGAGCUUCACAGAAGCGGCUCCAGCUGCCUCUGGGCCACAGGUACUCAGUCUUGGAAUUUUAGAGGGAGGAAAUGGAAGCCAAAGGGCUGGAAGGGAAAGGCAGUAGAUGUUCAUUGGGUAUCAGUGCAAGUCAGAGGUAGAGUGAACUGGAGUCUCCACAGGUGUCAGCUUCAUUCAGCACAGGGACUGAGAAGCCAGUUGGUGAGAGCACAGUGCUGGUAACACCAGGCUUCAGGUUUGAUUAUCGUAUGGGAUGGCUGCAUAUUCCUGCAUUGCAGGGGGUUGGGCUAGAUGAUCCUCAGGGUCCCUUCCAACUCUAUGAUUCUAUGAAAAAUAAGGAGUAAAUAAACUGAAAGGAAGGAACUCUGAUGGAGUGGAAGAAUGGGACAUCAUCAGCUGUUGUGGGCUAGGUAAAUUGAGGAUGGGACUUCAGGUUGUUCAUCUGUGCUAUAAAUAAAGUCUAUAUCACAUUAUUUUAUUUGUUCAUAUAUACACAUAAAUGUGUAGACCAACAUUCAGGCCAAAAAAAUGCCUCCCAAAACACUGAUUAACUUUAAAAUAUCCAUAUAAAAUAAAACAUUAAAGCUAUUUUAAAAUUUAGCAUCAACUUCCCCCAAGUCUGUCUUAAAAGCCAGCAUAAACUGCUUCCCAGUAGCCCAGCAAACACCAUCAAACACAGAAACAUCUAUUUCACCAGCUCCCAAAUGCCACAGUCAACCGAUAAGUCUUCAAGGCUUGUUAUGAAAAUGGAAGGAUGGAUCUCACUCCUAAAUGAAUUCCAUAAUUGAGGGGCCACUUCAGAGAAGUGUCCCUGCGAUUAUCGUAUCAGCCCAGACUUUUCUCUCAAUCCACCCGAUGGUUUCUUGACUCAUAUUUGUUUUCCAGGCAGCAGAAAGAAGUAGGCUCAAAAUAGAAGAAGCUGUAAUCUCUCCCUCUGCUCAAGAUGGAUCUGAGGCUCCCUUACUAACCUCUCAACCUCUGAUUACCUACAGUAGUUCAUUCAAACGAGUCAGCCCAAGGACAAUCUCAUUCCGGGUAAGCAUUCAUGAUCAAGGCAGGAAAAUACCCCUCCUUUGAAAAGGACAAAGACCACUUUGUGCAUUAUUCAGAUAACUGGGACUCUAUAUACCAGGCAUGUCCAAAGUCCAUUUCGGGGGCCACUGGUCAAUUUAAUCUGGCCCCCGUGGCAGUAUAUGUCCUGGGGUAAAAUCCUAAAAAAAGCUCAGCAACUUUGGUCGGCCCUCACGCAUGUUUACUUCAUCAAAUCUGGCCCUCCUUGAAAAAAGUUUGGGCUACAGAAGGGACAGCAGGGGAUAUAUGGCAGCCCACUCCCUAUGCUCCUUGGCUAAUUCAAUUGCCCAGAGUCGGCCUGCUUGGCUUAUCAUGCCCAGCCUUAACCAUCCAUGUUGGAAGGGUAUCUUCUUGGCAGGUUUAGUCUAGCAGUUCAAUUUCUUCCCUUGUGGCAAAGACCACCAUUUCUCACCACCAAUUCUUGUGUCUCUAGGUUGUCCCCAGGAAAGAGAAACAAGAUGAUACAUUAAGCAGAAGGUAAGUGGGUAUCAGGCUCAGCUAAUUCUUUAGAUUUGUCAAAAUGCUCAGGACACUUAGGGCUUGCGAGCUUUUGUUAGAUUUCUUUCUUGUGGACCUUUGAAAUAUUUAUUGAAUUUGUUUGAGUUCUGCAUAGAAAACAUUAGACCGGGGGGCUGGAGAGUAGAAUGCUUUUCUAGCUGUAAAAGGCUGCAUGCACACGAUUCACCUGGAGCAAAUUUAAAGCACAUGAUUUCCUCAAAAAAAUAUUGGGAGCCGUAGUUUGUUAAGGGUGCUGGGUAUUGUAACUGUGGUGGGUAAGCUACAGUUCCCAUGAGCCUUUGGGGAGGUCAUGUGCUUUGAAUAUCUGGGGUGGUAUUAAACUAAGCUGUACACCCAUUGAAAGCAAUGGACUCGACUUAGUCAUGUUCACUCAUUUUGAUAGGUCUACUCUGAAUAUAACUUACUUAAAGACCAUUCACAGUGUGUACACAGAUCAAAUCCUUGAGUACAAAGUCAUUGCACUUCCUGUAUCCAUAAGUGUUUCUUGCUAUAAAAAAGUCAAAGUAAAAAGAAAAGACUUAAAAUAAAUAUUGCAGCAUUUUUAUUUUUUAAAGAGAGAGGAGUGAGCCAUCAAAUUCCAUUGGUAGCAGAAAGCUUGUCAUAUUUUUGUAUGUUGGAGAAGAUACAAAUAUCUCACCCUUCUGUGGCUUCUUGAUUUGUGGACCUACCAAGCGAAUUCUUUGCUGCACAUUCUUUCAGUUGCAUAAAUCCACUGCUAAGUGCAGGAAGAUCUAUUUUUAAAAGCUGCAUUUCUCACUGUAAAAACAGUUGUAUCCCAGACAUGGUCUUGAUGGGAACGAAAUCUUUGAUUCUGAUCAGCAGUGGUUAGAAUUCACAGUAUGAAAAUGUUUAAGGUACAUUGCUAUUUACAAUUCCAACUGGAUGUUUAAAAACAGGAGCCGGGAAGGGCAAAAAUAGUUGUUUCUGCUUUCUAGAAUAAGGGAGCUUUUGAAAAGAUUUUGUUUUUAGUAUGAGCAGUAGGUAAUGUGCUAGCUAUGGAGGCUGUGUUUUGGAAUUUAAGAAGAGGGGGGGAAGAUGCCGUGGUAUUAAUUUAGGGAGUGUUAAUUUAUUGCCCUCAUAUUUUUUUUUAAAUACCCAAUUCCCCCCCCCAACUUACAUUUCAAAUGAAAAAAUGUUCAAGACUUAGUUUUCAGAUGUUUCAAAUUUGCAUUAAAUUUAAUUUUAGCUUUACAAUGGACUCCAGAGCAUUGAUCCCAACUUAUUAGGCUCCAGUGACCUUUCACUUGGGGAAUGAAAUAUCACUGUUCCUUACAGGAUCUUGGAAGGUUUUUGUUCAUACCCUGUAUUAUUUGCUCUUUUCCACUAGUGCCAGCAUGAGGCUCCCAGCAAGCACUGCUAAGCUGGAGGAGAAGCUGGAGAAAUAUACUUCUGCUGUGCAGGUAAAUAUUGGAACAAGCAGUGGUCAUGACCUAUGGCAAGGGAGGCUAAACAUUUUCAGGCCAUGGGUUGCAUUGACUCAAGGCCAACAUGUCAAUGUGGCUGUGACCAAAGUUAUAAAAGAGCCUCUUAACACCUCUUCUUUAUUAAUUUCCCAUUAAUUAAUUCAUGAUUGAUUUUAUUUGACUCAAUAAAUAUGCCCUGCCCCGCUUUCACUCUCACAUUCCUUAUUAAUUUCCACCAUCAUCGCUUACUGUUUUCUUAUUCCUUAUGAUUUCUUUAUUCACAAAUUCUUUAUUUAAUCUUUUUUAAAAAAAUAUUUUUAUUAACAAUUUCAACAUAACAAAUUAUCAAGACAUAUCAUAUUCAUUAUUUUUUUUCCUUCCCCCCCUUCGAACCCUCCCUCCCCCCCAGAGACUUCCCUCAGCUCCUCUCUCUGAUUUCUCAGCACAUAUUAUUCUCUGCAUGUUAUGAAAUUAUACAUAUCCUUAUAUUAUCUAUCUACCCUGUUAUCAACCAAUAAAUUGGUGUAUGUUUAUUCAAAACCUGCCAAGGAGUCCAGUUCAUUUUGUUGUCUUUCUUUUUAGAUAAUUUGUAAAAAGCUCCCAUUCUUCCUUAAAAUCACUGUUGUCCUUGUCCCGCAAUUUGUAUGUCAAUUUAGCCAGCUCACAAAUUCUUUAUUUAAUCUGCCUCAAUAAAUACAUCCCGCUUGCACAUCUUGGAAGUACAUUCAGUGAUGAGCACAAUAUGCUGCACUCACAGAAGUUCCCUGAAACAGGAAAAAUCUAUGAAGGGACCAAGGACAGGUUGAGUGAAGGGGGAGAGACAGGGACUCCUUGGCUGCAAAGGAAGGAGGCAGCAUGGGAAAUGGGGGGGGGGAGAGAGAGAAAGAGACUGGCUCGAGGUCAUCCAGUGUGCUCCAUGGCUGAGUAGGGGUUUGGAUUCUGGUCUCUCGGGCCCUAAUACAACACUCUAACCAUGACAUAACACUGGGUCUUCAGUGCAAUGCCAUCCCUGACCAUUUGCCAUGCUGGUUGGGGGGACUAGUGAGUGAUUGGUGCUGUUCAAAUGUGGAAAUAUUCAUCUUUAUUAAUAUUUCUACCAGAUGCUCAGUACUGUAGAGGUGUAAAAAUCAUUCUAAUUAUUGCUGGUGAGUGCUUCAUACAGUACAAGCAUGGAAAAUGUCCUAGUCAGCUUGCAUGGCGGUUAGGAAGGUGCCAAAAUGUCUUGGGACAGCCCUGACCAUCACUAAUGAGUGUUCUGGAGUCCUCAACAGCACCACCUGCUGCUCAGCAAGAGAUAUAAAAUAGAAUCAUAGAAUUGUAGAGUUGGAAGGGACCCUGAGAGCAGGGGUCAGCAAACUUUUUCAGCAGGGGGCCGGUCCACUGUCCCUCAGACCUUGUGGGGGGCCGGACUAUAUUUUGAAGGGGAAAAAAAAGAACGAAUUCCUAUGCCCCACAAAUAACCCAGAGGUGCAUUUUAAAUAAAAUGACACAUUCUACUCAUGUAAAAACACCAGGCGGGCCCCAUAAAUAACCCAGAGAUGCAUUUUAAAUAAAAGGACACAUUCUACUCAUAUAAAAACACACUGAUCGCAGACCAUCCAUGGGCCGGAUUUAGAAGGCGAUUGGGCCGGAUCCAGCCCCGGGCCUUAGCACUCAGGCAUGGAUAGGCAAACUAUCUAGUCCAGCGGUUCUCAACCUGUGGGUCCCCAGAUGUUGUUGGACUACAACUCCCAUCAUCCCUGAGCUCUGGCCUUGCUAGCUAGGGGUGAUGGGAGUUGUAGUUCAACAACAUCUGGGGACCCACAGGUUGAGAAAGGCUGAUCUAGUCCAACCUCUGCAAUGCUGGAAUCUCAGCUAAAGCAUCCAUGGCAGAUGGCCAUCCAACCUCUGUUUAAAAAUCUCCAAUGAAGGAGAAUCCAGAUGCUGAGAAAAAUACAGUACAAUAGCCAAGUUGUUGGGGGACAUGGAAGGCCAUCAGAAAUCCAUAUGGCUGUGGCUUAGGAACCCUGGCCUAUGACUUCUUUGUACUAUGUGCCCAUCGUCUGGAUGGGUCAUGGGCAUGAGUAAUUACUAAGCCCUUGAAUGAUGUGAAAGGGACUCUGGUAUGGACAUUCAAGAAGCUUUGACUUGAUUUACAUCUGAAUCAAAAGGCCCAGUAAUAAGGGAUAAUCACACAGGUAUCCAAAAUGUAUCUCUGAGGAAGAGAGGAUCAUGAAUAAAGUUAAUACAAACCAAACCAAACCAAACCAAACCAAACCAAACCAAACCAAACCAAACCAAACCAAACCAAACCAAACUUUUUUUGGGGGGAAGCAAAAGAAUAGCCAGUGAAAGAGAGAAAGAUGCUUCUCUGCAAGGCAUUGAUUAAGUAGAAGAAGAGGUUCUUUCUUGAAAUUUGAACUUCUCAUUUUGCCUGUCUGUCUUCUUGACCCUAGAGAGCAGGGUCAAUUAAAUUACCUCCAUCUACUCGGAGAAACUUCCAUCCGCCUUCAGAGGGUGUGGCCAGCAAGCGCAGCAUCUUUGAAGCAACUGUCCCCAUCCGGGCUGAGACAACCACCCCUGUGCGGAAGGUAAGGUCUAAGUGCAGUCAGGAUCAUAAACCUAAAAGGGAUACCCAGAUAAAGGUGGUGGGGAGUGUUUAACAGGAGGAAGAUGGCACCACCAAGCCCACAGCCACAUCUGCACCAUACCUUCAAAGCACUAUUAUAUCACUUUGAGUCAUAGCUUCUCCUAAAGAAUCCAGUGGGAACUGUAGUCUGUUUAGGGAGCUGAGGCUUGUUAGGAGACCCUUGAAAAACUGCAGUUCCUGGAUCCUUUGGGGAAUGCCAUGACUCCUAAAGUCAACUAAGACUGUUUUAAAUGCAUGAUGUGAAUGUAGCCAUGAUGAAAGUUGCCAGUCAGUGUAGACAAUCCUGUGAUCCGACCGGUAGAAGGACCGGCGAUUUGACUAAGUAUAAGGCAGCUGCCUAUUUCCCUAUGAUCCUAAUUAAUUAGGGCCCCAUCUUCAUUCAUUCAUUCAUUCAUUCAUUCAUAUUCUGACAUUUCUCCUGCCUUUUUUUCUGCCAUGGAAUCCAAGGCAGGAUAGACAUGGUUCUUAGACAGUCCCCAUCUGGGUGCAACAUGACCCAGACCUGCUUAGCAUUUGCAAGGUGUGGCCUCAUGUGCUUUCAGGCCAUACUCUGGGAUAUGCCAUGCAAGUCUCUGUACCAUUCACCUCUGUAGCAGGGCCACAUGCUCUUUUUGCUCUGCUUGCCCAUGCUGGAAACUCUUGUCUGCUCUUCCUGUCACAGUGAGGAUGUUCCAACAUAGGAAAGGCAGUGAUAAGUGACUUGUUUUCCCCCACUUGGCAGUUCUGCACUCUCUAUUCUUUUGUUAUUUAGGAGAGUUUGAAGAUCCCUGGAGGCGUCACAUCUCGCAUCAAUCUCUGGAUCAGUCGAACUCAAGAGCCCAGCAAGGAUGAAGGAACCAAGGCAUGAUCUGUUUCAUGAAAACACUUGGGUUUAACAAUCGAGAAGAGGCAAAUUGCUUGUGUAUAGUCCUGCUCUGCUACAGCCACCAACCUAUAAGCAAGGGAGGGGGACCCUCUUGGUGCUUAUUUGGUUCAGGAACUUGAGUUGCCUUCUUUAGUUUCACUUUUGGGAUUGUCAAGGGCUGCUUCCUUAGGAUCGGUCAAUUCACUAGUUUCUUGUGCCAUUCCAGUCCAAACCCUGCUUUCGUCUGCAUUUUGUUAUCUGCUGUAGGAGAUGGAAAGUUGUUCAAAGGGCUGCCAUAAUCACAUCACUCUAGAAACAGCACAAUGACCAUGAAUCUACUCCUGGAAACAGGUGUAUUUGUGAUAAUGUUAGAAGUGCAUCUAAACAGAAAAAGGCAUGCGUGAUGGAUCCAUUUUUUUCUGGAACCAUGUGCAUCUGCUUGGAGCUACUCUCCCUUUCCAAACUCUGUAUCUAGCUUAGCCCACCAAAUCUUAGGUAGCCACAUGUCUCUGUGGGGAGUCCUUUGAAGAGCCUGUGACUUGUCUUCCUGCAGGACAUUCAGAAAAUUGAGAACAGUGCGGAGUGGAGUCAGUUGGAGAAACGGCCUAAUAAUUCCUGAAGGAAAACCAGUGCAAGGGCAAACGGAGGUCAGUCCUGAGGACACAAAAUGACUUGAUCUGAUCCUAAUGGGUGUCAAAACCACUUUGAUUGCAAAGCAAAUUCAGUUGAACUGGGUAGCCUUCAUCACGUGGGCAAAUGAUAAUGCAAGUAGCAAGCUCAAUAGAUCCACUAACACAAUCAUUUCCUCUUGAACAAUGGAAUUUUCCUCCCUCCCCCUGCAUACCCUUGAACCCUCUCCACAUCUAUGCCAGAUCCUAGAUGUGCAGCUAAUUGUCCUUGCACUUGCAGAUGGAAUGCUGUUUGGUGGAAUGUUUGGUGGAAUGCUGCCCUUAGGGCUAUAUUCAACUAACUUUUACUCAGAGUGAACCCAUUUAAAUGAAUGGCCAUGACUAACGUAGAUUCAUUCACUUCAGUGGGUCUGUUCUGAGUAAAAGUUAAUUGAAUACAACCCACUGCUUCCAGGUGCACCACCACAAAAUCCCCCUCAUCUUCAGUGUGCUACUGCCAUCUUGCUGAUAAUGGAAAUAGCAAGAGUAAGAUUUAGUCUGGAUGCUUUAUGAAGUGAUUGUAUAUGGAUCCACUACAAAGCCCACUUUGCCCAUUUGGAAGGUUAAGACUGGGGCCAUAAUGUUAAAGGUCCAAAACAGACAUGGAAUAGGAUGAGCUGAAAGAGCAUCAGGCCAAUGGAUCAGAACAUGGGUUUCUCAGAGUUAUAACUAAGGCAAAUUUGUAACCCCAAAGAGAGAAACCAGAAAUGUGUUCUCAUGAUCUUUGGUGAUAGGUGGCCCAAAUGAGUUAAAAUUUGCACAAUAUGUAGUGGUUAGAAUGUCAGACUAGGACCUGGGAAACCCAGGUUCAAAUCCCCCCUCAGCCAUGAAGCUCACUGGAUGACCUUUGACUUACCACUGUCUUACAACCUAACCUACCUUAGAGUAUUCUUGUGAAGAUAGAAUACUGGGGGAGCCCAGUGGUCUACUUGGCUCCUUGGAGCUGAGAUAUACAUUUAAUUAAUAAUAAUUUGGAGGUAGUAUUUAAGAAAUUGUAUUUCUCCCCGGAUAUUUAUUGAAGAAGUCUACAUGCUAAUAUUGUAGGAUAUAUGCAAACUGGUGCUCAUAGAUGCCCAAGGCUUGGAUUCAAAGUCCAGUUCACCCUUCUUUCUCCCUUGCAGCAAGCUCGGCACUAGCCUAAUGCUUCCUUUUAUCUUGCAGGUGUCACUGUACAAGCUGCUCUGGGGACAACAUUAUCUCCAUUUAAAUCAAGGGCCUGGACCACUUGAAAUUACCCUGCAUUCCUUGGUUUCAGACUGUUCCACAAGGCCAUUUGCCUGCCAAAGAGUAUCUAUCAGUCAAGCUGCCUAUGGUGCCUUUUCAUGGAUGGGGUUUCUUGGUGACUUAAAAAAUGCUUCUAAUUGGUGGACGGGAAAGAUGGCGAUUAUGACAUGGAAACUAUAUUACCCAUGAUCCACUUCUGUUCCUUUCCACUCCUGUAUCUUCUAGCCCCCAAAUAGCAAAGCCUUAAGUUCUACUAGCAACCUUGAAGGUAUGAAAUACAUGUGGCCCAUUCUCUGGAUUUUCCUUCAGUUUUGUAUCUGCCAUAACAAUAGGGUUCACCGUGUAACUCAUGUACCCUGCAGUGACUGCAUACAGUUAGUAUAUCUACUUGCCACCAGUUACACCACCACAUGGCUGGAUCUUAAGAACAUAAGAGGAGCUCUGCUGGAUUAGACCGAAAGCCUGUCUGGCCCAUCAUUCUGUUCUCACACUGGCCAACCAGAAGCUUCUCGGAAACCCAGUGCAGUAUGGAUAUGUUCUUAAAACCAAUGGAACAAAUCUGUUGUAUCUCAAGGCUCAAUGUUUCCAGUUGGACUUAGGGUGAAAUCUUGUGCAUUGCUACUUGGAAGCAAGCUCCACUGAUUUUGGUGGGAUUUACACCUAAGUAGGUGUGCUUAGGACUGGAGCCUAAGUCAUGGCAAACUUUAGCUGGAUCAGGGCCAUAGGUUCUUGUGUGAACCCCGCCCAUAACAGUUUAUGCCAUUGACUUAAAAAUCAAACCAGUUUGAGCAGAAAGGUUUUUUGUUGUUGUUUUUUUAGUAUAUUUGACUUAUGAACACCUAACUCUAGAUUCACUGGUGAUUUUGGCUCUUGCUAUAUUUCAUAAUAAAUUUCACUUUGGUUCCAGUACUUCUUGUCUUUGGCUCUUCUUAAAUUGAUUCUUGGUUGUGAAGAAGUGAGCUGGCCUGAAGAUCCAUUUUGCCUGUUUCCAACAGUGGCUGUCCAGAUGUCUCUAAGACAGCCACAAACUGGAACCAAAGGCAAUAGCACCUCCCCACUUCUGUACCCCCAGAAUCUAGUGCAUUCAGAUCUAUCCUGUUUCUAAAAACAAAGCUUCCAUUUAGCUACCAUAGCUAAAUCCAUGCUUCUGUUUCUGCCACAGUUUUUAAGCACAGAUCUAUGACUUGUGGGCACAGGUCUGUGCCUUUUGGGGAAGGGUCCCUGUUUCACCACGUUCCCCAGGAAAACCCACUGUUGACCACUGAAUUGGAACAAACAUCAAUCCACAGAAAACUGAUUGACACUUGUUCUGAUGCAGGGGCAAACAGGAUGUUUUCCUGAGGAAAGCAGUGGGGCAAAGAAAAAACCUGCUCAGACUUGUGCCUAGAAAUUGUGGCACAGAUGGAAGUGUGUAUGAGCCCUUAAUAGCCUUGACAGACUAUCCACAUCAAUCUAUUUUCUAAGCCUGUUUUUAAACCACUCUAAGCCUACUCUGGGCCUACAUCCCACCCUGUAGUUCUUAAUGCAGAGGAAAUUGUUGUAUCAGUCCAAGAUCUUGGAAAACUCACAUACUGCUAAUAGAACAAAGUUUGGGGAUGCAAAUGUACGUACUUUCUUCUGUGUGCAGCUAUUGAGUACCUUUGUAUAUAGUUAGUAUGAUUGCUUAGGUAUUGCUCUUCCAACUAAAAGCAGUGACUGUGUUGCUCUGGAUACUUUUUCAUGCUGUAAUUUGGAGAAAUUUCUCAUGUCCAAGAGGAUCUUGUACAUGAAAGAGAACUUUUAUACAAGCCAAACAAUCAUGACAUUUUCUCGAUUUCACGGGUUUCAUGGUCUAUGGACAUAAGGACCAAAUAGAAGUGUCUUAACCAAGUGAAACAAUUUGCCUAUUUAGUCUACUACCAUUUCCUGUUCUGCAGCAUCCCCUGCUAGAGCUAGUGGAUCUAUUUUACGGUGGAUGUUGGGGACUGAACUUGGGACCAUCUGCAUGUUGAGCAUGUGCUUUACUACUAAGCGAUGGUGUCUCCCCUAAGGGUCAUCACAGUUGGUGAUGAUCGGUAUACAGCAGCUGCAGCAAAAACAAAAAAAACCCAAACCCUCAGCAGAAUAGAGUCUGUGGCAAAUCAAUCAUGCGAAGCUCACACUAUGCACUGAAAGUUUAUAUGACAAGCUGAUAUUUCUUGCUGCAUCUGUCCACAUGCUGAGUCAUCAUGGGAAUAGGCAUUUGGAGAAGGUGCUUCAAGGGGCCAGCAAGAGAUAGAUGUAAGUGGGCAACGUAACCAAGAAGGUAUUUUGACACCAUAGUUAAACCUGGAGGCGUUGCAUGCUCAGAGGUAGUAGCAGUCCAUAACUGUGACUAACUCCAGUAGGAGAAGAUGACAGAUGGCCAUGAAGGAAUUCAACAGGACCAGCAGUCAGUAAUACCCUCUGUAGAAGUCAGUGGCUUUCAAACUGUAUUCUGAACCCUGAGAUUCCUUGAAAGUUUACCCAGAACCCCUCAAUGAGAAGAUCAAUGCAUGGUUGAUAAGCUUCCUUCAGAGACAGUUUACUAAGUACUACCAAUCUCCCACAUGAAUACACAGCAGCAGGAGCAUGCUGGGGGCAUUUACACAGGGCAGGGAUGGGAAGCCUGUGGUCCUUCAGAUGUUGGUAGCCAUCAGUCACAGCCAGCAUGGUGAAAAGUCAUGGAUUAUGGGAGCUGUAGUCCAACAACAUCCGGAGGACCACAAGUUCCCCAUCCUUGAUGUGGCACCAAGGAGGCCCCUCAAGUCUGGCUUCCACUUGGUCUGAACUGUCUAUGUGGCCUAAAACAAGCUCCAGAAGACCUUAGAAAUGCUAUGUGGUUUACUGACAGGCAACUUUUUGUGAAAAACAUUCAUUGAAAUAGAGAAGUUUUGAAAACUUAAAGUCAAAUAACAAGAUGGGUAUUAGAAGGAAAAUCUGUAUUAGAAUUCCUAUUGGGUGGGUUGUGGGAGGCAUGUAAAUUUUCUGUGUAGGGCUUAAAGAUAAACUCACUCGGAUGAUUCCCCUCCAUGUUUUCUUUUAAUGGAACAUAGGAAGAGCUCUUCUGGAUCAGAAUAAAAGUGUAACUAUCCCAGCACCCUAUUUUCACAAUAGUCAACCAGGGACCUAUGGGUAGCUCACAACACCCCUCUUCUGCAGUUGUUGCCCAGUAAUCAGUAUUGAGAGACAAGUUGCCUCUGAUUCUGGUGUAUAGCUGUCAUGAAAAAUAGCUAUUAAUCUCCGUGAAUUUGCCUAAUCUCACUUUAACUUGAAGGCCAUUCUAGGCAUGAGUCCAUGUAUAUGUAGUUAAGUCCCUGGCAUAAGUAGGGUCAAAGAGAGAGAGAUUUAAAAGACUCUUAAGUACCACAAAUCUCUUGGGAGCAGAGCAAGCAAGUUCUAGUGACCAGCUCAGUUGAGUUGAUUUAAGCCUCCAGUUUAAUGGUUGCUUCUGUGCAUACUUUUUUUUUUUUAAAAAAAUGUAGCUUGUCAUUUAGCUCUACCCUGUCAUCUCUGCUCAUUUGCCAAAGCAGCUGUGCAGGCAGUAGGGGGUCAGUGGUGUUCCAGUUAAAGGGACCUGGUGGGUGGGAUAGGGAGAACAAAGCCAUGUGCCGAGCUUCACUUGCUAGCCUUCUAGAUUUCCACCAUGAGCCCUUGCAGGGCAGAAGCAUUCCAUAUCAGAGUUCCAGUCCACUCGAGAGUGACAGCUGGCUGGCUUGUGUCAGACUCUUGGGCACUUGGGUAUCUGGGGUUUAAAAUAGCAGUUCUCUGAGGCCAUACAAUAGCAAGGGCUUAUAUGGGCUCUGGGGAGGGGAAGAAAAGAGUUGCACAAGAGGCUUCAGCUGACACUGCCAAAAUAGCAGCAAAGCUUAGCAUUCCAAGCUGUUCCCUGCUGGCAUUCCUCCAAUCAGGCACCCGGCCCGGGGGUGGCAGCCUGGGGUGGAGUGGCCUUGUUAAAGCCUCACUCUUUUUAGUUGCAUUUCUCAGACACUGCCCUUGUCUCCACUGGAAGGACUCUCACCUGUUCUCUGCACAAGAGGUAAGGGAUUCAAGCUUAGAUAACAUUUCUCAUUCUGAAGUUAGCCGGGGCACAGGAUAUACCUGGGAAUUGUCUGUAUGAAACCUUGUGGGAGAGAGGAUAUUAAUUGAUAUUGGACAAAAUCCUUUCCUCCCCCCUCCCAUUCUCAGUGGGGGCUCAGAAACUGUGCCCCCACAUCCUUACUGGUUUCAAACACCCAUAGCAAAUAAUUCCUUGUAGAGAAGCUACCCUCUACAUCAGGAUGGAGAAAGAAAGAAUUAAGCCCCGCAUGCAAAUAUGCCAUUGGAAGGUGGGAGGGUGGGAGGUGAUGGAAUGCAAAACAAGACAUGCAUCAGUUCAUGCAUAAAAUGCAUAUGGAAAGCACAGGGAUGAGCAGGGGACAGAAUUCAGGAGAUAGAACUAGAAGCAUAAUAGAGUUAUUCAGGGCAAAACUGUUUUGCCUAAUGCCACAUUUACAAAAAGAAGAUCUAAAGCAUGGUGGGUAUCAGUGUAGCAUCUAGACAAUGACUAGAUCUGUGUUUUGGGUUUUGUUUUGCAAAGCAGACUGUAAAAAGCAACUCUGGUGGAAUUUUGUAGACCACUCAGCACACAGUUUGAGCAGGGGGAGCUCAUAGUUGUAGCAGAAAUGUAUAUGUAUUCUGAAUCAUCCUCAGGUUUCCUUAAAGUCCUUUGCAUAGUACCAAACUAUGUCAUGAAUGCAGUUUGUAACUUCACUAAAUUAGGCUUCAUUUUUAACUAAACAGCUUGGCAUUUUUAAUUGGAGCUGCAUUAGAUAAAUGAAAAGUUACUGUUCUUUUCAUUAAAUCUUAUUGUGGUUUCAGUUUUUUGCAAAUGCAGAUUUUGUUCAUUGUGGUUCACAGCUGAUAACUUGUCUGUUUAAUUCUUUGUGGGUAAAAAUUUCCAGCUGAGUGUAAACAUAUGUGGGCUUCUAGGAGUUUUGCUUUAUUAAAAUAGUUGGGUCUAAAGUGAGAUCUGAAGUUUUAUCAAAACAUUAUACAAUAUGGAUUCACCUGGUCCUCCUGUCUAGAAUCUGAACCUGUGGAAAGAAUUCCUACAUGCUUUAGGGCUACAAUCCUACACACAUUUACAAGGGAGUCAGCCUCAAUGAACACAGAGGGACUUACUGCAGAAUAAACACUUAUAAGAUUGCACUGCUUAAUAGAUGCUGGAUGCAUUUCUUAGCACCUGGUGAGAGGAUAGGGUAUCUGAGAGACUGAAAUGCCUAGAAAGAUAAUGAGGGGGAAUCUGCUUGUGGCAGCUCAAAGGGAGGGAAUAGAGUCAAACCACCCAAGACUAUAGAAGCUAACAACAAAUAACUCACCUUCAAAACCCAUGUUAGCAUCUAGUAAGUCAGGGAUGGGGAAGAUGUGGCUCUCUCCAGAUGUUAUUAGAUUCCAAUUCUCAUCAGUAUGAGCCAGCUUUGUUAAUAGCCUGUGUCACAGGCUCCUUUUAUAAUCUUGACUGCAUGACUCUCUUGAAUUCACCCCUCCAUCUAGAGCAUGGGUGGGGAACCAGCAAUCCUCCAGAUGUUGCCAGACUACAGCUCCCAUCAUUCCUAACCAUUGGCCAUUAUGGCUGGGGCUGAUGGGAGUUGGAGUCCAACAACAACAACAUCUGGAGUGCUUCUAGUUCUCCAUCCCUGAUCUAGACAAUGAGGUGUCCAAUUUUUUAUCUGUAGAUCCUGGUUCAUCAUUGUUAAAGUUAGCUCGGUUUUGGAAUAGGGAUGUUUGAGAAUUUCAUUGGGUCUGCAUUUAUAAGCACACUAGCCUGAUUUGCACAUUCUGGAUCAAUCUACAUUUUGCAAUACUGUGUGUGUGUGUGUGUAUUCUUUCCUCAAUAAUGUUGUAGACAAGCCAGCAUUUGCUGUGAAGCCAAUGUUAUCACCACUCUAUGGAGGAAUAAGGAUCUUUGUUUGCAGUAGUCUCUCAUGUAAUAUACAGGAUAUCUGAAUAUACAUGUAAGAUUCAAACAUGUGCAAGACUCCCAAGACAAGCUGUGAUUUAGAUGUUAUUGCAACUUUUCUCCCUUUAUCUUUCGCAAAAUCAUUUUGUGAACGGAGGCAGUGGGAUCCUUGAUUCUGCUAUCAUACAGCUGUUGUACAUGGCUCAAAUAAUACAUGCUUUGAUGCUCUGUCCCUAGGCAGAAAAGAGAAACAUGGAGGUAUGGCAGGGAACAGAUGGCCUGACACAUGGGAGUUAUUUGUAGCACUGUGCAGAACCUCCCUACCAAACCCCUCCAGUUUCACUUAGUUUGGGGAUUUGCUUCAAACUUGAAAUGGGCAGGCUGGAUUUGCUGAGAGCUUUUGCCGAGACUCAGGAAUGUUUUGAGCAGCCAAGACUACUGGGCAAGGUCCGGGCAAGGCUCACACUGAUGUACAGUGUCAGGUGGAAACAUGCAGCCCAGGAAGAACCUGGCUUUAAAUAUGAAACUCAGGGGGGAAAUGGCUUGGGAAUCUACUGAGGAUUAUGGAGGCCUCUAUUUUAGUGAUGGAUACAAAGCUUGGAAUCCAGGCUUAAUGAAUUGUUCUUGGAAGGGAAGGGAACCAAGAGAUUCCUUAAAGGCAAGUUUCCAUGCCCAUCACCCUUUGAUAUCUCAGUCUUUUGUAAACAUAACAGCACUUAUAGAGGAGGUUACAAGCAAAGGUUACAGUGAUGGCACCAGAACAGAAAACAUUGUGGUGGGCACAAAAGGGGGAAAUUAGAUUGCUACAAGGAGGCAAUCCUCAAGCCAUCUUUAGUCUUGCAAGUGGAACAAUGCAUAGAUGAGAAUGCCAAACUGUAAAGGCACCCUUAAAUCCACAAAGACUAAGCUGCAGAAUGAAAUUAGGAUUCACUCAUCCCUCAUCCUCUCUUGUCAUUGUGCAUGAAUUUAGUGUCCAGGACAGGUUUAAAGCCACAUUUAUGCCACAAAUUCCAUGAAUCUCCAAAUGUGUUCUUCGGGCCAAAGUUCACAGUGCAAACAUUUAUCUUUAUAUAUUUCUACUCCAGUAUAAUUGAUUGAAGAUCAGAAAGGAAAGGCACUCUGACGAUUUGAAAAACACCUUUCCUUGAAGUACAGGAAUGGGGGUUGGGUGGGGUCAAGCUGUGUGUCAAGCAGGGGCAGAGGAAGGGGGUGCGGUGGGGGCGGUCCGCCCUGAGUGUCACCACUGAGGGGGGUGACAAACUGCCGGGCAGCACUCACCUCGGGUCCUGAAGCACGCCUGAGCCACGCGUCUCUCCUGUGAGUGACGUGGUGGCUUGGGCACCCGCAGGCUCCUCGCUGCCCAAAGGUCUGCCCACUGCUUCCCCCCAACUGUAGAGUGGCUGAAUGGGAGAAGGCAGGCAGACUCCUCAGAGGCCCUGUGGAGCAUCCUGCCCUGCCUGGCCCUGCCCCACAGGUGGCUGGCCCCGCCCCCAUGCAGGGCACUCGCAGGGCAUGCGGCACAGGGCAUGUGCGCCGCCCCAGGCACCCGAUUGCCUUGCUCCACCGCUGGUGUCAAAGGCAGAUACUUGCCACCCUCACCCCAUGUUAGUACUGUCUGUGGUUAGCUAAGAGAUAAGUGUCCUCACAUUCGUAUCUCAGCAUGUAUGAGCCAGCCCUUAUAAACAAGCCAUUCUCUCCCCACACUUUUGGGGAUGUUGCUGUUCAUGUCUUGGGCUAAAUGCACAAAUGGGGACCAGGUCUGUGCUUCCAAACCCCACCCAUCAUACACCCCCACCCCCUCGACAUUUGCGCAGGUGUGAUAUCUGCUAAGGGGAUACCUAUAUAUGCACAGACGGCUGAAAUAAGUGUAGGUUUCCAUGCACUCCAUAGCCCUGGGUGAUGAGGAUUCCUGAUCACAUGACAGUCUUGCACAGACAUCUCUUUUGUAAACAUUGUGUUGAACAUGUGGAUGUCCAGGAAGCAGGGUGCACAGCAGCAGCAAUGGGGGCUGGAGAGGUAGAUGUGGUCCCACUCUCCACCCAUGCCCUACAUAUAAACAGCAAUGUCUGCUCUGGCCCUCAGCAUCAAUGUAAAGUUGUCUAUCUUACAAGGUUAUUGUAAUGAUUGCUAAGGUAAUAUGUUGACAAUAAUUUUUAUUAGUUUUCAAUUACAAUAAUCCAAUGGUAGCCUUAUUAUAACAAUGACAAAUCAUAAUACAAUUACUAAUCCCAAUCAUUCAGAUGCCAAUUUAUAUAAUUUAGGUGGCCUCCUGCGUGCUAGAAUUGAUGGUUUGAUGAUUUACUUUGUUUCUGCGUUCCAAAAUCUUAUUCAUCUCAACGGCAUUCCAUUCAAAAUAACAAUCCCUUAUACAACGACUGCAAUAUUAACAACAUCCAUUUGUCUUGAUACAUUAAAUGAUUUAUAAAUGUAUAGGUGAACCAUUCAAACUAUAUCCUUAUUCCUCCUGUGUGUGACAAUUAUUCUGUCUGUGGUGUUCCUUCCUGUCCAUAAUUGUUUCCCAGCCGUUGCUGCUCUCCAGAUUGCUAAUGUAAUAUGAAACACAUAUGAGAAAAAAAUACUAAGGAUGGCUACACUGUUUAAUGCCUUUACUCUGCAUUCAACAGGACUAGAAACAUUAUUUUAAAACAGAUAUUAAAUGGAGAGCUGAACAAGUCCCCCACCCCAGUUAUGACCUUGCUUCUCAGAUCUAUCAAAAGUAAACCCAAAGGACAUGGCCCAGUCAAAGAUAUGUGCUCUCUGGGCUUGACAGUUAAGUACAAGCUUAAAUCUCUCCCACUGAAACCAGUGAGGCUAAAAAGUGCUUAACUUGGGUUAGACUGUGACCAAUGUCCUUACCUAGGUGAUUUGGCUUUUAGAUAUUUAAACCCUCUCCCCGCCCUCUGCUUUCUGUAGUUGCCAUUUUCUAAAGGUGGAGUCCAGCAGAUGUGGUUGGAAGCCUUAAUAGCACCCUUGAAGAUUGCCUAAAGAAUAUCUGUUAGGUCAGGAACUGAGGUUAUCACUUUUAGUUUAAGGUCCUUGUUUUUUAAAAAACAAACACCAACCUGUAACUCGUUUGGGUUUCUUGAUAUGGAGAAAAACAAAAGACCAAAAACAGACAGAUAAAUGGAUUCUGCUAAGCUAUAUAGCUACGAAAUUAUCCCUAUCACUUUCCCCUUUGAAGAUGUUUAAGGAAGAAAAGAGCAAAUGAAUUUGCCCUUCAUAAAAGGGAACAGCAGAAAAGGGGAUAACCUCAGAACCUUCCACUCCAGAUAUUUUUUUUAUUUCCUUAUCUUUGUGACACUCUCCACAUAUCUCUUACUUCCUUUGAAACAGGCCUAAUUCUCAACACUGUGUACCCUGCUCUAUCUCACAUUGGGCUUGCUCUUGGUUAUCAGUGUUGGGUGAUGCUGUCGCUAAUCUCUUGCCACCUAUUUUAGGAGAAGUUUGUUGCUAAGCAACAGAGCCAUGGAAGAGAAUGGAGGCUCCACUGUUGUAGUAUAUCAGCAAGUUAACAUUUCCAAAUCUGAGCCAAGAUGGAACAGCUUCCAGCAAGAAAUUGUGUCUUGUAGGCAUAGAUGGCACUGCUGUUUUCCUGAAAGCUUAAUCAUUCCACUUCUUGUCAGUAACUUUUCGUCUCCAAAGACAAGUCAUGAUGUAAUGACUAUGUACAGAGUAAACUAGAAGUGAGCAAAAACCAACCACUGUUCUAGUUCAACUAUAUAUUACUUGAGGUCCAAGAAGCUUUUAGAGCCUUCAAGCUCAUGUGAGAAUGCUGAAAAUUUCCUUCCUUCCUUCCUUCCUUCCUUCCUUCCUUCCUUCCUUCCUUCCUUCCUUCCUGUCAACAGAAGCAUUUCAUAAAUGGUCACCUAAGACAAAAUUAAGUCUUUUUUCCUGGUUUCUGGAUUGCUUAUAUAGACAUUGCAUCAGUCACUCAAUGAAAGGUGUUAAAUAUUGCUGCACACCACUCAAACUCUGAGCAAUGCAAGAUUCCAUUGGUUCCAGGUGCUUACCCAGAGUUUGUGUUUCCUUUGAAAUGAGAUACAGUGGAAAGUGUGGUGCCCUUAUGAUAUGUGGGAUCAUCUUAAUAGAUGGUCCUGGUUGCUGGCAGGCCCUCAACCCGGUCCCCCCACCCUGGCGUGGGUGGAGCCAUUACCCUCAAGCCAGGGUGGCAUCAUGGUUACCCAGGGCUAUUGCCCAAUCAAUUUGAGUGGGGUGAUUGGGGGCGGGGUAUAAAAGCGGCAGUGUGACGUGUGCCAAGCACCUGCUUUGCGCUGCCAAGCACCCGCCCACCCUCCCUUUAAUUUAGGUGUCCUCUAGCCUUGCUUUGGACUUUGGUUGAUCGCCCAUCUUGGGAUGGGGACCGGGUAGGAAUUUUUCCAUUUGGCAAAUUGGCACUGGCCACUUGGUUUUCACCUACCUCUUAGCAAUCGUCACAACUUUGUAAGGUUUGGCGGUUAGGCAUUGGCUUAUUGUUGAGUGGGGGAGGAGAGGUUGGCCAUCGCCUGCCCCUCCAUUGUCCAAGGGUAUUCCGUUAAAGGAAUCCAGGGCCUGGAUCCUGUCCGAAGUCCGCUUGAGGGGCUAGGGCCAUGCCAAGCCUCUGGGAACACUGGGGGAGAUACAGGCGGGUUCCCCCAAAGCAGCUCCCCUUUGGGUGGUUUACCCUUACAGACUUCCUGCAAAGGGGGCAGGAGUCUGAUAUAGUCUUUUGCCAGUGCCUAAGCCAAUACUGCUCACAUUUCCUGAAAUCAAUAAAGCUGUGGCCAAAAUUUGCCCAAUAACCUUAAACAAAAAAUCUGUGUCUGUGUGAAUUUCUUUAUUCUAAUGGGGGGUUGGCUUGAGGGUCUUGACAUGCAAAUGUUUUAUUUACACAAAUAUACAACCUGAGCCUACGACGGAGGGGUUCAUAGCAUUAACAUCCCAUAGUGUUUCUUCCCCUAUAGCCACAGCCUUGGAUUCAACCAAAAAUCAAUCAGGCAUCUCUCUCUCUCCCCUCCCCCUCAGACUGCUUCCUUUCUUCUAGCUCAUGUCACUCACCACUCACCACUCCUCUCUCAUCUCUGGCCUUUCUCUUUCUAACUAACAGUGAAUUGAAAGACUCCCAGUCCUUAUUGCUGCACAAAGAUAGUGUGCAAGGAGUCUGGGGAUAGAUGAUGAGGAAAGGCAUACAAAAUGGAAAUAAUUAAGACUGGGUCAUUUGUUUUUGCCUUUAUUUUGUGGAGUAAUUAGAUUUUGAUUUUUUUUAAAAACUGUGCAUAUUUUACAAUCAAAAAGUGCCCAGUAGUUUGGGAUGGCUCAGCUUGAAACACGUUUUGGACAUGCUUUGCAGAAGUCUGAAGCCUUGUUCUGGUAGCAAUGUAUGUGGUCCUGGUGGCACUCUUCCAAGUUCCUGAGGCUGCAUGAAUCACAGUCAAAUCACUGUUGCUGUAUCCAUGGAUGGGCUGGUCACACAUUAUUACAUCAUGUCAGCUAUGCAUGUGACAUAAAGGUAUUUUAAUUUUUGUCACGUGAAGCAGCCCCAGGACAUGCUGAAAAUAUACACACUUCUGAUAUCUCGAUAUUAAAGUGUGUCCCACAAGACAAGGGCGGACAGAGGGUAGUUUGGCAACUACUCCCAGACCUCUAUGUGUUCUGCAGUGGAAUUGCAAGGAUUUCUGACUCUCAGUUGUUUAGCAGUAGUUUUGGGGUAGCCAGGAGUAGAAUUUUGUGUAGAUAAGCUAUGUACUCUAUUCAUUUCUGAUACUCAAAACAAAUUCCUGGGCUCAGAGUUUUUAAAUUUGAAGUGCAUGUUUUUUGCACCAGGCUCCAGCUGGCAGAUGUUGGGGUUCUACUAAAAUAAAAUAAAAGAAUGUCCUGCAAGGUUUAAGUCUUUUCAUUCUUGCUCUUUAAAUGAAGGUGGUUCCUAGAAAUUCUUAAAGAGGUGUGUCUGCAAUUCAGGGUUUCCCAAACUUCUAAGUUCAUUGAUCCCUUGAUGAGCUUAUAAAGCUGUCAUCAACCCACAAUCAACCUGAAUUCUGAGAAAUGUACAUACAUACAUACAUACAUACAUACAUAACUGGAUUUGCAUGCUGCCUUUCCAAAGUCCAAACAAUGUUUAAGGUGGCUUACAACAUUAAAAAAACACAUAACUACAGCAUAUCAAAAGGAAUCAUAAACAAUAAAGGAAAAAUAAAAAAUACACAACCAAAACUGAACAUUUUCCACAUAAAUCACAAGAUCUAAAAUAAAGAUACAAAAAUUCAACAGCAACAGCAACAUCAACCCCCUAAGGCCCCAAGACAACACCCUGUUUAUUAAAUGAAAUAAAGUAAAGAAAUAUCAAUAUAUAGUAAACAUUGAUUAAUCACCCAUCACCAUGAUGAUGGUGUGUUGUUGUUUUUUUAAAAAAAAUGCUGUUAUUUUUUACCUAUGUCAUUUUAAAGUGUGAUAUUAAUACUGCAUUCUUAGUUUUAGAUUUUAGAUUUAUGUGAAAAUUGUUUUCCAUUUGCUUGUGUAUUUUAUUAUGGGGUUUAUUCAUUGUUUAUGACUUCUGUAAUUAUGUAAAUCUUGUCAUGUUGUAAGCUGCCUUGAUCAUUGUUUUUAACUGUGGAAAGGCGGCAUACAAAUAAUGAUGACCAUUACAAGGAGUAAUGAAAUGUAAAAAAUAAGGAGGUAAAGCAACUGAAAACAAUGAUGACAAACAAUAAAACUACAUGGUCUGAGAAUACUGUUGCAUCAUGGAAUCAUUGUAAUAAAUACAGAGGCUCUUCAUUGACAAGGGAGGCACACUGUCCAUCUCCAUGCCGUUCCCCUUGAUUUUUGAAAUCCCUAAGUCCUAAUUAAAUUUGUAAACUUCUUUCCCACCCAAUGGUUCUUUCCAACCCUUAGAUCUUUAUUUACCCCCUGGACAGUCCCCUCAACCCCAGGGGGUCGGUACUGACUUCUGUGGGAAACCCUGAUGUAAAUAGACCACAUAGGAGCAUAAUGUGGUACAAUAAGGUAUUGCCUCGUGCGCAGCAAUUUUUAUCUGCCAAAUGUGGAAGGGUAUGUAUUACCACACUGCAGUGAAGGGAAGAGCCAUAGUUCAGUGUUUUUGCAUGCAGAAGGCCAUGUUUUGCAUGCAGAAGGCCCCAGCUUCAAGCCCUGGCAUCUCCAGAUAUGGCUGGGAAAGAGUCCUGCCUGAAACCCUGGUGAGCCACUGCCAGUCUGUGUAGGUAAUGCUGAAUUUGAUGUGCUAGAUGGACCAAUGCUAUGGCUCAGCAGAAGAGAGCUCCCUGCGUUCCUCAGACCUCUAGAUCUGUACUAAAUCUGUGUUGUUAAUUUCAGCAAACACUGCAAUAUAUAUAUGUGUGUGUGCAUGUGUGCACCAUGGGAAUGUGGGUGAAAUACCAUACGUAAUGUCUGGAUUUUCCAUGGGAUUUCCAAGGCGGAAUUGACAUCUGGGGGGAAUUUCCAAGAUGGGGGGGAAGUUUAACAAUUAUGGGAUUUUCUAAAGAAAAAAAGAAAAAGAAAAAAGAAAAAGUUGAGGGCGUCCUAGUUGGUUUUUUUUUUUUAAAAAAAAAAUAUGGCAACCCUAGACAGCAAUCCUGGUGCAAAUUGCAAUGGAACUCACUUGGAUAGUAUCAGUAUUGUAAAAAGACACACCUUCAGCUAGUUCUCCAAGAGCAUCAUAGCUAUUUAAAAUAGCUGUCUGUGAUUCCUAUUUAAGUAUCACUGCUUCUUUUUCUUUAUUAAAUUACAGGUGA